UAACAGUCAGUUGUGACUUAAACUUUGUACCGAGCAGACAUAGUCUGUGUGAAGCAUCUUGUUCAAUUAGAAGUGAUAAAAAAUGGCUGAAUUUAAUCCUACAGAGCACCAGCACAUCCGCUACAACCCGCUCAAAGACUCCUGGAUCCUGGUGUCCCCGCACCGCUGUCUGCGGCCCUGGUCCGGCCAGACGGAGCCCCCGGCUGAGGAGGAGCCGCUGCAGAACAACCCUCUGAAACCUGGCGCGGUUAGGGGGAAUGGACAGAAAAACCCCCUCUACACGUCGACGUUCGUGUUCCCCAACGACUUCCCCGCGCUGCUGGAGCGCGUCCCGGAGCCCCCGCAGAGCGAGCACCCGCUGUUCCAGGCCAAGCAGGCGAAGGGCACUUGCAGGGUCAUGUGCUUCCACCCAGACUCAAACAUCACUCUUCCGCUGAUGACCGUGGAUGAAAUAUUAGCUGUGGUGCAAGAGUGGACCAACCAGCUAGCCGAGCUGGGUCGCCGCUACACGUGGGUGCAGAUCUUCGAGAACAAGGGCGCCAUCAUGGGCUGCUCCAAUCCGCACCCGCACUGCCAGGUGUGGGCGUCCAGCUUCCUGCCCAACGAGCCAAGGAUUAAGGAUCGUUGCCAAAAGGAGUUCUACACCAAAUACAAGAAAGCACUUCUUGUUGAAUACGUCGAGAAGGAACUAGAAAGCAAGGAAAGAAUAGUAAUCGAGAACACCGACUGGGUGGCCCUGGUUCCCUACUGGGCGCAGUGGCCUUACGAGACCAUGCUGUUGCCCAAGCACGGCCACCCUCAGAGGCUGACCGACCUCACUGACGCCCAGAAACGGAGCUUAGCUGAGAUCAUGAAGCAGUUGAACACGAAAUAUGAUAAUUUGUUUAAGUGCAGCUUCCCGUAUAGCAUGGGAUGGCAUGGAGCCCCAACUGGUCCAACCAAGAUCCCCGGAGACUCUCCGCACUGGCUGCUGCACGCGCUAUACCUGCCCCCGUUGCUGCGCUCAGCUUCCAUCAAGAAGUUCAUGGUCGGCUACGAGAUGCUCGCACAGUCACAGCGAGACCUCACCCCGGAACAGGCAGCGGCCAAGCUUAGAGAGUGCGACCAUUUGGUCCACUAUAAGACUUUGAAGAAGUUGUAGGGAUUUUGAGUCUUUUGUUAUUGUGUUGAGUUGUUUUUUUACGAGUUUAAUAAAGUUUUCAUAGUA